UGCUUAGUGAUCGAGUGUUAUUGAUUCUAAUAAUUAUUAUUACCAUUGCUAAGCCAGAUAUCCAUAGGUAUUUCCGUAUAGUAACGGAGGAUGUAUUUAUGGAGCAUGACCUCCGGCGGAGCCCAUUACUGGUUUAGUUAGGGAUUCUGGUCGGGUUGAAGGAUAGUAAUUGCUGGGUUUUUGCUCCAGUCGAAGAUUCCUGGUUUCCUUCCUCCACACCACAUCUGAACCGUUACCAGUCCGUCCAUGGAGAGCGUGAGAAUGGGCGGUCUCCAUAAUAUUCUUCGACGAAGUUUCCGCGGUGUCCGCUUUCCUUCGGAGAUCCACAGAAGGCAAAAAGAAAAAAGUGACCUCAUGGCAUCCCUUUUCUUUUCUUAUUUUCUUUUUAUUUUGAGGGUAUUUUCUAUUUUUUUAAGAUUUUCUUUUCGGUUGUAUUCACUUAUCCUUCUGUUUUUUCGCGAUACUGUCUUUUAACCGCCCGUCCUCAAAUUUGUGGUUCGGGGAUAACUAAGCUACUAGUCUGGAUAGAUUCCAUCAGGACGGAAGAUAGCGUGUUCUGGUAGUUCUCGGAAGAGGUGGGGAAAACAUACCGGCGAAAAAGAAGAAAGAGGGAGAAAGAGAAGAAAAAAAGAAAAAACAAAAAAA